GUGGGCGGAAGUGAGGGGAAAAUCUGCGACGUGCGAUCCGGUGCCGGCUGUGCUGUGUGUGUGUGACUGUCACUGACUGUGUGUGUGCGGGGCCGCCGCCAUGAGCCGUAGCUACAACGAUGAGUUGCAGUACCUGGACAAGAUCCACAAGAACUGCUGGAGGAUCCGCAAGGGCUUCGUCCCCAACAUGCAGGUGGAAGGUGUGUUCUACGUGAAUGACCCUCUGGAAAAGUUGAUGUUUGAGGAGCUGAGAAACGCCUGCAGAGGAGGAGCGGCCGGUGGGUUUCUUCCGGCAAUGAAGCAGAUUGGCAAUGUGGCAGCGCUACCAGGAAUCAUCCAUAGGUCCAUUGGGCUCCCUGAUGUCCACUCUGGCUAUGGAUUUGCCAUUGGAAACAUGGCGGCUUUUGACAUGACUAACCCAGAGGCUGUUGUCUCCCCAGGGGGUGUCGGAUUUGACAUUAACUGCGGGGUCCGUUUGCUGCGCACAAAUCUUGACGAGGGCGAUGUGCAGCCAGUAAAGGAACAGCUUGCUCAGUCCAUGUUUGACCACAUUCCCGUCGGCGUGGGAUCAAAGGGAGUAAUCCCGAUGAGCGCCAAGGACCUAGAGGAGGCCCUGGAGAUGGGUGUGGACUGGUCCCUGAGGGAGGGCUACGCGUGGGCUGAGGACAAGGAACACUGUGAGGAAUACGGCCGGAUGUUGCAGGCGGACCCUAGCAAGGUUUCCUCCAAGGCCAAGAAGCGAGGCCUCCCCCAGCUGGGAACCCUCGGGGCCGGAAACCACUAUGCAGAGAUCCAGGUGGUGGAUGAGAUCUUUGAUGAGUACGCUGCCAAGAAAAUGGGCAUUGACCACAAGGGUCAGGUGUGUGUGAUGAUCCACAGCGGCAGUCGAGGACUCGGGCAUCAGGUGGCAACAGAUGCUCUGGUCGCUAUGGAGAAAGCCAUGAAGAGAGAUAAGAUCAUUGUGAACGACCGACAGCUGGCGUGUGCCAGAAUCUCCUCUAAUGAAGGGCAGGACUACCUGAAAGGCAUGGCCGCCGCAGGAAACUACGCUUGGGUAAACCGCUCAUCCAUGACGUUCCUCACACGACAGGCAUUUGCCAAAGUGUUCAACACGACGCCGGAUGACCUGGACAUGCACGUGAUCUACGACGUCUCGCAUAAUAUUGCCAAGGUGGAGCAACACGUGGUGGAGGGGAAGGAGAGGACUCUGUUGGUACACAGGAAGGGGUCCACGCGAGCGUUCCCACCACACCACCCGCUUAUCGCUGUGGAUUUCCAGCUGACCGGGCAGCCAGUGCUGAUCGGUGGCACUAUGGGAACCUGUAGCUACGUACUGACUGGCACAGAGCAAGGCAUGACAGAGACUUUCGGCACCACCUGCCAUGGAGCUGGACGGGCACUUUCCAGAGCUAAAUCUAGACGGAACCUGGACUUUCAGGAUGUUCUAGACAAGCUGGCGGACAUGGGCAUAGCCAUCCGGGUGGCCUCCCCAAAACUAGUCAUGGAAGAGGCUCCCGAGUCGUACAAGAACGUCACAGACGUGGUGAACACGUGCCAUGAUGCCGGCAUCAGCAAGAAAGCCAUCAAACUGCGCCCUAUUGCUGUAAUUAAGGGCUGAGCGCAGCCAGCAGGGGUUCUGGACUGCGGAAAGAACUGACAUCAACACUUAGAACAGGGUCACAUGACUGAUUUACGCAUCAUCACUUAUCCUCAACCUGACCAUGUUUUCAUUAUAUUUUGUUGUUUUUUUCAUUUAUCCAUGAGGGUCAUAUGGCUGCUUCCUCUGGCAAUGAAUUGGCCAUGAAGUGCUGGAUAUCACCUCCGCAUCUCUGGGGUCAGAUCCGCAAGCUCUCCCGUCGCUAUGUUUGCGUUUGAAAAAAAAUUCUGUUAGUUUUCCUUAUAUAGACAGUAGAAAAGUUGUGAGAACAGGUCAGGUUGUCAGGAUCUCCUAAAAUAAAAACAGUGACUUACUCAGUGCCUGGGUCAUUCAACUUUGCUGAUUAAGAGAUAUUCAGACAACCUGCGAUGCAGAUGUUGCUCACUCUGUAGAUUAUGUACCGGGACGGACACAUUGGUCAUUCUCCGAUGAAUUAGAAUUAAUGGGAGUGUGAAGUUCCAGCAGAUACAACCCUGAUACUGUACUUCCAUUCUGUGCGUCAUGCAUGAUUGGAAAGCUCUGCACAUCAGGAGUUGGCAGACACCUCCCCACACCUGUCACUUGUCUAGUGCGGUGUUGGUCAUGAAAGACUCCCGAUUCCUGUCCGUUCCAGCACCUUUGUUUCUCUGCACCAGUUCUCAGAACUGUCUCUUUUUCUGCUUCGUUCCCUGAGUGUUCUAUUCCCUGCGAUGCCGGGUGACUAUAAUCUGUUAUCUGGCAGCGGUCUCUUAUCAAAGCUUGUCAAAUCAGAGAGCAACUGCAAUCAGGACGCGAUGUGCUGCAGCAGAUACAGACCUCUGUAUGGGGUGUCUGGGGGCACCAGUGACAACUUUUGGAGAUUGUUUGUGUCUCACGCUGAAAUUAAAAGCACUACAUGCG